ACAAACUUAUGUUCCUGGGAACAGCAGGGCGCCACAGCAGCUCCUGGGGCGCAUGGUCCAGGGGGCUUUGGGGAGACGGGGGCUGCAGAGCGCCCAUCCCCACUGGUGGCCGUCCCACUCUUCACACCCUCCCCCCGCAGGGUUUCCCUUUCCCAAUGAGAUCCAGGGGGUUGGGGGUGGAGCGGGGAAAGGAGCAAACUUUGCCCCGGAGCUGCCCCUGCUGCUAGCCCUCUGGACUGUGAGUGCCCAGCCUUGGCAUCUGCCCCAGCUCCCCGCGGCAGCAGCCUGCUCCUCUCCGGCUGCUGCUCCCGGGCCCCCGGCGCUCUCCUCAUUGGCUCUGCACGGUGCAAUGUAGGGGGUUGUCGUUAUUUUCUCAUUUAUUUUGCACAGAAGAUGGCUUAAUUGUUUAUAUUAAACCCCCAACCUGCCCAGCCUUCUGCCAGCUGGGCCAGCGCUGAGUGCCUGGGACUGCUCCGGGGGCGAUGAGCCCUGCUCUGAAGAAGCCUCCUAGAGGGAUGUGACGGGGCCACGCAACGGACUAGAUCCAAGCCCUGAAGCCUGCAACACCAACAACCCUCCUGCCCCCUCCCCCCAGCCGUCCCUGCCCCCUCACCCCCCUGAAGUCCUCGGAUCGGAGCCUGCGCUGAGCUCCGGAGAGCUUGGCUGGGUGGCAAGUCCGGAGCCCGACGAGAGACGGGGCGGCCGUGCUAGAUGCAUGGGGGAGGGCUCCGGUUAAUGCAAGUGCUGGGCUCCUGCAGGGACCCCGACAAUUGUCAGCUGCAGCCGCAACUCGGGGCCGCCUCCUCCGCGAUGCUUUUCCACAGCCUGUCCGGCUCAGAGAUGCACGGGGUCAUCGAUGAGAUGGACCGGAGAGCCAAGAGCGAAGCGCCAGCCAUCAGCUCGGCUAUAGACAGGGGAGAGACCGAAACGCAGACCAUGCCUUCCAUCAGCAGUGACCGGGCUGCCCUGUGCGCCGGCUGCGGGGGAAAGAUCUCCGACCGUUAUUACCUCCUGGCAGUGGAUAAACAGUGGCACAUGCGCUGCCUGAAGUGCUGUGAAUGUAAACUCAACCUGGAGUCCGAGCUCACCUGCUUCAGUAAGGACGGCAGCAUCUACUGCAAGGAGGAUUAUUACAGGAGGUUUUCGGUGCAGCGAUGUGCGAGGUGUCACUUGGGGAUCUCCGCUUCCGAAAUGGUCAUGAGGGCCAGGGAUUUGGUAUAUCACUUAAACUGCUUUACUUGCACCACCUGCAACAAGAUGCUGACCACCGGCGACCACUUUGGCAUGAAGGACAAUCUGGUGUACUGCCGCCUCCACUUCGAGACUCUCAUCCAGGGGGAGUACCAGGUGCAUUUCAAUCACUCGGAUGUAGCCGCUGGGAAGGGCCCAGCCCUGGGAGCGGGCUCUGCCAAUACUUUGGGACUGCCUUAUUACAACGGCGUGGGGACUGUCCAGAAGGGGCGACCCAGGAAAAGGAAGAGCCCAGGGCCUGGGGCAGAUUUGGCAGCUUACAAUGCAGCUUUAAGUUGCAAUGAGAACGAUGGUGACCACCUGGAUAGAGACCAGCAAUACCCCAGUAAUCAAAAAACAAAGCGCAUGAGGACAUCAUUCAAACACCACCAGUUGCGGACAAUGAAGUCUUAUUUUGCUAUUAACCACAAUCCUGAUGCCAAGGACUUGAAACAGCUAGCUCAGAAAACUGGCCUAACCAAAAGAGUUCUUCAGGUUUGGUUUCAAAACGCCCGAGCCAAAUUCAGACGGAACCUCUUACGUCAAGAAAACACAGGGGUGGAUAAGACUUCAGAUUCCACACUCCAAGCAGGAACUCCAUCAGGACCCGCCUCAGAAAUAUCCAACGCCUCCAUGAGUCCAUCCAGCACUCCCACUACCUUAACAGACUUGACUAACCCUACCAUGCCUACUGUGACAUCUGUCUUGACGUCAGUACCCGGAAGUCUUGAGGUUCAUGAAUCUCGAAGUCCUUCACAGACAACUCUCACAAAUCUUUUCUGAUGACUCUUUCUCAAUAAUUUCUUUAAAAAAGAAAUUAUUCUUAGUUAAAUUCCAAGAGUAUUUUAAUAGAGGCUUUGAGCAACUGACUAACCACACUUAGGAUCUCUCCUGAAAACAGAAGGAAAUGUAUUGUUCUGAUAUUACAGAUUAUGGACUGAGGAAUAACUUGGAAGAUCUAUCUGCAACACAACAUUUGUGUAACUGUACAGUUUUGUGGACUGAGUAAGGGAAACAGCAAUUAAUUUAAGUUGGCUAAAGCUUCUGUAAUUUUCAAAGACUGCCAUGUGCCUUAUAUACUGUUUUAUCUAUGUACUUUGGAUUACAUGUCCAUUUUUCUCUUUUUCUCUCUGUAUAUUUAUAACAAGGGCAAAAAUGUUACAAGAGUUUGUUACUUUGAAUAGUCCUAUGCCCUUCAUUGGUUGCUUUGUUGUUUUAGAAUUUUAAGGUGAAAGUCUGUUUGAAUAUCAGAAUUUGUAAAAUCUAACCAGUAAUAAAACCACUUGUGGAAACUACUUGGUAACAGCUGCAGUUACAUUUAGCAUUAAUUUCACAGUGCAGGUAGGCUGACUGUAUUUAAAUUGAUUAGAAAAUUGCACAUCAAAUACAGUAUCUGCUUAGAGUAAACUCUAAAUACGAUACACAUCUGCCUCCUGAUUCCUAAAUAUAUAGGUGAAAAAUCAAAUUUGUAUAACAGGGUCUAGAUAUUUUCAUUAUAGAGAAAUAAAUAAUUGUUAGUUGAAACUAAAAAUUGUUAUUGAAUGUUAAAAUUUACACAAACAUACUGCUUAAUUUUGUUGCUGAAACUCAAUUUAACUUCAGUUAACAUUGAAAAGGAAACAAAUACUGCUUUUAUGCAACCAAAGGCGUCUGUCCUGUUUUAUGGAGAGGGCAAGCCAGGCAUUUGAAAGCAGUGUGGCCAUGAUCAACCUAUUUCUGAGACAGACACGGGGUAAUGUUGUCCCCUAGAAACAAAGAAAAAGUAUUUGCUAGAUUAAUUUAAAACAUUGGCAGAUAACCUUGAGACAAAACUAUGUUUCACAAACAUAUAUGGCCUUUUUUAAUGGUUUGAAGGUAUAAAAAAGCAGGUAAGAAUAUAUUGUUAUGGAUACUAAUAAAAAUGGCUAUUCCUUAAACCAUAAUGGACCUGUUCAAUUUAAUUUAAUUCCUUCUCCAGUUGUGAGAUCUGUGCUCUUCUGAAUAUCAUUUGUGCUGUGAGCUCUUUCUCCCUUUUUUUUGAAAGAUAGUCUUUCAUUCUUUAAGGAAAAAAUAAGUAUACCUCAGCAAGGUUUACAUUUGAGUUAGAAUGCUGUAUGCUAUUUUCCCAAUGGUUUAUUUAAUGCAGACUUUGAGCUGUAUGUACCAUAUAUAAGGUUGUUUCUUUUCAAUCUUGUUGCAAGGUUUUUCAGUCAGAUGUGUUAGGUUGUAUGUGGCUGACUUAGUAAAAACUGCUCUGUUGCUCCCAUAGGAUUGAAAUCAGCAAAAGAUUAUUCUGAACUAGCAGCAAGAUAGGUGCUAAGAUUCGUGUUCUUUGCUCCUCUCAGUGUACGGAAGAUGAUUCAUUAGGCCAGGUUCCGUGCAAACAGUGUUUUGGUUUUUGAAAUGCUGUAUUUAUAAAGCUUUCUCAGCUGAAAGCUUGCAGACCUUGUGCAAGCCAAAUUCCCACUGAGGUCAGUGAGAGAUCUGGGUGCACAAGGACUGUGAGACUGGGACCCUGACGUAUUUAAAAUAUUUAUUAACCUUUCUUGCUCUUCAGUUCUGGUAAAUAAAGAUGAAUAAUCUGAGAAACAAGGAAGUCCCCAUAGGAAAUCAUGACUGGAUAAGAUUUGUGAAGGGGGAUGUAUUUCCAUCCCUAAAAGACAAACAGUUUAACAUAGUUCAUUAAAUUUGUACACAGUUACAAAUACAUGUUUUUUUUAAAAAAACCUGCAGGUUGAAUUAGCAAACUUUACUAGAUACCCCAUAGCAAAGAUGUCUAAAAAGGAAAUAAUAUUGGUUAGUGGAUUGUUAAAGAGUAUGUUUCUACCUUUUGAAAAGGGUGUUCACACACAGAUAUUCUGCUGUAUGUGGUGUUUUGUUUAUUGUCAAUUACCUUGGGAAUUUUAUUUUUGUUAAAUGCUUUAGUUGGAUCUUUUCUUGAUUUAAAAGGCAAUGUUGGUCCAAUAUGAAAUGGAUACAGGCCAUAAAUAAAAACCUGUGUAUUCCUAUAUAAACAAAAUGAUUUUCAAAAACUUACUAUUAAAUUCAAUAGUAAUGCAGCAAAAUGUAGCUGUUAACAAUUUGAAGAGAGGUGCUGGUAGUUGUUGGUAUUUUAUUUUUUUGAUAUUUUGUUUUAACUACCUGAAUCCACAUCUUUGAAAUCAGUUCUCAAUAUUGCCUUUUCAAUAACUGAGAUUUAUGGAGGGGAAUAAUCUCAUGUUUCUAUUAUCUAAAACCUAAAACAGGCAAUUAAAUCAAUUGUCUGGUUUAAUCAAAUCAGGGAUUUUGCAUAUAAGUAAGAUACAAUAUUCUAUAUAGGGCCUUUAUGUAGGGACAUUCGGAUUCAUUCACUGUCUCCAAUGACCUAUGUUGUCCCCAUGAUUGUUUCAAUCCUGUGGUAUUGUUCAGUUGUUUAGAGCUUGUUGGUUUUGAAUGCUGUACAUUUUUUACUACUGCAAUCCUAAUGUUUCUUCACAUACUUGUACAGUUCCACAUUUGAUGUACUAGUCUGAAAUUCUGUUAAAAACAUGAACAAAAAUGGAAAUGAUAUUUCUUUGGAAGUGUAUUUUUACUGUAUAUCUAAUUUGAACUAGUUGAACAUACUUCUUUACAUCUUGCAUGAUAGGUGUGUAGUUCAUUUUUUAAAUAUGAAAGAGACUUGAGAGUAACAGAUCAAAAAUAUAAUGAAAACUAUACAAAUAUGGAAAAUACAUACAUUGAUUUGCUACUUUUUGACUCAAGAUACUUUUUGAAAUACAUUUCUCUAGAUUAUUUAAGAUAAUGCAAGUAUUUUGUCUUUUAAUUCAUAUCUAAUACAAAACAGUAAAAUGGAUUACACAUCAGAGAGUUUUUGAAGCCAGCAUGUAAUUCACUGAAACACUUGAUUGCUCCCUUAGUCAAAUAGAGGGAAAGAAUAUUUGAUCUU